AUGUCUUUCGCGCUCGCCCCCCGCAAUGUAAAAACACAAAAGCAAUUCCUAAGUUCUACAAAGAAAGCUAUGUCUGUUCAGGUUACAAAUCAACCAUUUGGAAAGUGUUCAAACCAUCAGCAGGAGAAGAACCUCUCUUUCCUACGCCCUGUACCGAUCAACCGACAGCGGUCGUACGACCGGCACGGUGGGAGGCCCGCCAACUGGCAGCUACUCUCCAAGGUCAUUUGCUUCACACGAUUCCAGCUCUUGUUCGAUCGACCUCAUCCAUCGCAAGCUCUUCCCCAAAGUGCAUAA